UCAUCUGAGCGGCCUCUUGCCCACCGAUCUCACCGGUCGUCUGAAUCGCCUCUGUCGACUGCCACCAGUCUAAUUCGAUCGCUAUGUCCACUACAUACCGCAAACCCGCUCAGGGCAACCCUUCAAAUGCUGUCGGAAAUGCUGCCCUCGGCAAGAAACCCAGCGCCGCCGCCUCUGGCAGCUCCCACCGCCCCCGAUCCCAGGACCUCACCCACGAACAAAAGCAAGAGAUCCGGGAGGCCUUUGACCUCUUCGAUACCGAUGGUAGCGGCACCAUCGACACAAAAGAGCUCAAGGUUGCCAUGCGUGCCCUUGGCUUCGAGCCCAAGAAGGAGGAGAUCAAAAAAAUGAUCACCGACAUUGACCGGAGCGGCAGCGGCACCAUCGACUUUAACGAGUUUUUGGAGCUGAUGUCGGCCAAGAUGGCUGAGCGAGAUUCGCGAGAGGAGAUCCUCAAAGCCUUCCGCCUCUUUGACGACGACGAAACAGGCAAGAUCACAUUCAAAAACCUAAAGCGGGUUGCCAAGGAGCUGGGCGAAAAUCUGACCGACGAAGAGCUGCAGGAGAUGAUCGACGAGGCCGAUCGCGAUGGCGACGGCGAGAUCAACCAGGAAGAGUUUCUGAGGAUCAUGAAGAAGACGAACCUGUAUUGAUGGAUGGAUGGAUGGAUGGCAUUGAGCCCGGUCUUUCUCCCGAGAUUGAAAAUAUAUGGGCUGCGCCCGACGCA